AUGUCUACUGGUGGAGGUACUGCUUACCAACAUUCAACACACAAAGCUAAUAGAGAUCAAAUAAUAGAAGAAUUUAAAAAUCGUAAAAAUAAAGUUAAUGAUUUUGGUUAUGGUAGAGGAAAUAAUAAUAAUAGUAAUAUAAGAUCAUCAUCUUUACAUAAAGGAACUGAUGAAAUUAAUCAAAAUGAGAGUAAUGAUAAAAUUGGAAGAUAUGAUAAUAAAGCAAAUAAGACACUUAAUAAUAUUAAUAUUCAUGAAUCAAUUAGAGAUGAUAUACCAACAACACCAACAACAUUUAAUAAUGAACAUUCACGUGGUGACUCAGGAACAGAAAGUUACCAUCCAGAUAAUCAUUUAGAUUCUGAUGAUGAUAAUCAUAAUAAUGAUCCAAGAAAAAUGUUUAUUGGUGGUUUGUCAUGGCAAACGACACCCGAAAAACUUCGAGAGUAUUUUGGACAAUUUGGUGAGAUAAAUGAAUGUAUGGUUAUGAGAGAUCCUCAAACAAAGAGAGCUCGUGGUUUUGGAUUUAUAACAUUUGUAAAUAUUGAAAGUGUUAAUAAAGUUUUAAAAAAAAAUGAUCAUGAAUUGGAUAAUAAAAAGAUAGAUCCAAAAGUUGCCUAUCCAAAGAAGGCUCAUCAAAAACUUGUUGUUAGAACAAAAAAAAUUUUUAUUGGUGGUCUUGGAUCAACAUCAACACGGGAUGAUUUAAAGGAAUACUUUGAACAGUAUGGUGAGGUAAAAGAUACUAUACUUAUGUAUGAUAAAAGUACACAAAGACAUCGUGGUUUUGGUUUUAUAACAUUUGAAAGUGAGGAUGUUGCUGAUAAAGUAUGUGAAAUACAUUUUCAUGAAAUUAAUGGUAAAAUGGUUGAAUGUAAGAAAGCUCAACCAAAAGAAAUUAUGUUACCUGUACAGAUAAAUAAAACACGUGCAGCAGCAGCUAGAAAUGUUUAUGGAUUAGCCCCAGAACAACUUUUAGCAUUACAAAAUAUGAAUAAUUGGGGAAAUAAUAUGCCAUUUCCAAAUAGUCAAGGACCAUAUCCACUUCCUUAUCAUGCAUUGAUGAGUCAAAUGUCGAUGUCACCACAAAGAACUUCACCUGGAUCAUAUAAUGAUGUCAAUCGUGUUCAUCCAAUAUAUAUGCCUAAUAGAAGUCCCCUUCAAUUAUAUGAUCAUCCUCAUCAUCCUAAUCAUCAAUUACCAUCAAAUUUUGGUUCACUAAAUGUUAGUGGAGACAUCUUCAAUAAGUACCCAAAUCAUGUCGUCGCUGGAAGUAAUGGGAUAUCUAGAUAG